CCACUACCACCCGCUGCUGCGGAGCUGGAAGGUGCUGCAAAGACUCAGAGCUCCGUGAGGAUCAAGGAGUUGAUGCAGUUCGUGGAGGCAGAGCCCCUCGCCUUGGGAGUGGAGGAGGUUUUCGACAUCCUGCCGCUAUAUGGUGCGCUGCAGCCGGGCGAGAGCCAACGGGUGACCUUCACCUUCUUUGGCCACACAAACAUCGUCGCCCACGUCAUGGCGCUGUGCAGGGUGGAGGGAGGCCCCACCUAUGAGAUAGCGCUGAGCGGGGAGGCUUCGCUCAUCAACUACCUCCUGGACAUCACAGAGAUCGACUGUGGGCUGCAGCUGUUUAACGAAGUCACGGAAUCGGAGGUCACCCUGCAGAACAGCGGGAAGGUGGGAUUCACCUACGUGGUGCUAAGCCCCAGCGCGGCCACUGCGGACAGCCCUCUGCCCGGCGUGCCCCUGGUCGUGCCCAGCACGGGUUACGUUGGACCGGGCAAGGAGCAAGUGCUGAAAGUGUAUUACCUGCCGGGAGUGCCUGGAGUCUUCUGCAGGACUUUCCAGAUCCAAGUGGGUCACCUGGAACCAGAAGAGAUCUCCCUGAAAGGCGAGGGGAGUUUUCCCAGGAUUUACUUGGACCUUCCUAGGAAAAUCAAAGGAAAUGAAAAAUAUGAGAAGAUCCUCAAAGAGGCGAAAGAAAAGAUAGAAAAAGACAGCCAGAGAGACGAAGCAGUUGUUGUGGGGGAGGCUGCGGCCACGGAGCCACCCAUGGACGACUCGGGCACCUUCGACACUCGGCUGCAGAUGCAGAUGGAGCAGAUGCUGAUGGAGCAGCACGCCCUGGAGCAGCAGGAAGCUCUUGCCUCCAGUUCUCUGGAGGACGCUGCCUUUGACCAGCGUGCUCGUCGGAGGCUUCUCAAAGCUGAGCUGCCCGAGUAUGUCCUGGACUUUGGCUACGUCAUUCUCGGUAACAUCCACACGCACAUCGUGAAGGUCACCAACACCGGGCAUUUCCCUGUGUCCUUCCACGCCGAUGGACGGGUCCUGUGUGACACAGGUUUCAGCGUGGAGCUGGACCGCGUGAAGCACCUGCCCUACUGUGAGACAGAGACGUUCGAAGUGCGCUUUGACCCACAGAGCGCCAACCUGCCAUUGGGAGAGGUGGACGUGCUCCUGCCCAUCAAGGUGGUGGAAGGCCCCACGUUUCACGUCCGUCUCCGUGCUGAUGUGGCUGUGCCGUCCCUCUGCGUCUCCAGGGACAGACUGGAGUUCUGUGCUCUCCAGUGUGGGCAGUGUCAGGAAGAAACCAUCCAGCUCCACAAUCAGCUCCAGGUCCCCUGUAAAUGGUUCAUCACCUUCAAUGAGCCCGUUAAGAAGGUGGACAAACGUUUGCCAGCAAGCGUGCAUCGGAAGCUGCUGCAGGAGUUGAAGACCAAGCCCUGUGUCUUCGAGGCGCUGCCCUCGGCAGGAUCCCUGACUCCAGGACAGCGAUGCAACGUGCGAGUCAGGUUUUCACCCACGGAAGAGAAGUCCUACAGAAGCGAGCUGAAGAUUAACAUUUGCCAGAGCAACCGGCACCUCCAGCUGCAGGUCUCGGGGCACGGGCUGGAGCCACAGCUGGAAUUCAGCCCCCCAGUGCUCGAGCUGGGACCGUUGGUGCCGUACAGUCCUGGGGCGGAGGGGACGGUGGUGGUGAAGAACCCGUGCGAGUUCCCCAUCGAGUUUUACUCGCUGGAGUUUGACCAGCAGUACCUUGCUGAGGAGCAGAUCCUGCGGAUGCUGAAGGACUACGAUGGCCACAACAUCUUAAUGCUGCCGCCACGCGCCCCGGGUGAGAAGCUUCCCCCGGAGCUGCUGGAGUACUAUCAGGACCAGAAAAGGCUGCAGGAUGAGCAGACAAAGUCCAAGCCUGGGGAAGCAGGAGCAAACUUGGAAGAUGCGCAGUCUCUGUCAGAUCAAGGAGGAAAGCACUCUGCUGCCAUCAUUCGCACCGUCUCGUCCCGUAGCUCGGUCAUUCCCUCCUUCGUUUUUGACGAAAGCCAGUCCAACAAGGUGGACUCUAAAUCUGAAUGGGGAGAAGAGGAGGAAGGUGUUGAGGAAAGAUGCAGCACAGCAGAGCAUCGGCAGAGCACCGCCAGCAGCAAGGAGGCCGCGGGAGAACUGGACGACAGCCCUGUCUGUAGGGCCAUCGCCCGCCACCUCGGCAUCGAUACCUCCGCAGAAGGGCGUGCAGCCCAAAACCGCAGAGGGAUCGUCAUCAUUGUCCACGGGGCACCCCUGACAGGAAAAACAUCGGCAGCAGUUGCCCUGUCCAAAUAUUACGGCGCUGCCUGCUUGUCCAUCGACGCCGUGGUGACAGAAGCCAUCUCGGACAGGAGCAGCUCGGCAGGGCUCCAUGCCUGGGAGCUGUGCGUGAGGGCUGCCAUCGAGCAGAGCCACAAGGAGACAGAGGAGGCCGGUCAGAACGCAGACGUGUCCCUCAGCCUGCAGUUCGGCGCCGAGGCCAAGCACAGCCCGGACACAAGCCAGUCCAGCUCUGGGGACAAAGUCAGCCUGCAGUCCGUCAGUUCCCGAGGCCGGGCGAGCACCGCAGCGAGCAAGAGGAAGGCGGAUGGCCGCGCAUCCCAAUCCCAGAAACAGCUUCUAACGGAUCUGAUGGGCUCCCAGGGCUCGUCCAGUUGUCGUCCCAUCUCUCCCCUUCCCUGCGUCCCUGCGCGGCGAUGGCUGAGCAUCGAUAGCAGCACAGCGGGAGAGAUGGCCUUCAUGAGCUGCGUGCUGCCCGAGGACUUGCUGGUGGCCAUCCUCUCCGAAAGGCUGCAGUUGAGUGACUGCUACCAGGGAGUGGUGUUUGAUGGCCUGGAGACCCUCUUUGCACGCAACACGGCGUCUGCUCUCCUCUGCCUGCUCAAAGCUGUCAGAAAUCGGCCUUAUAUCUAUUUCGUGAACCUGUUCCAGGAUUACGCUGCUUUGAAAGCCAGGGAGACAGCCGCAAAAGAGCAGGAAGGACGGGAGCGGGAAGAAGCUGCCAAGAGGGAGAAAGCACGUCUCUGGGAGAUGGAUGAGGAAGAGUAUGACGCCCUCACUGAGGAGCAGAAAACUCAGUUUAAUAACAACAUACGACAAGUCCAGCGAGAGAGGAAGAAGAGGGAGAUGGAGCAGCUGGCUCGAGAGCUUGAGGAAAAGCACCGGCGGGAGCUCGAACGCUUGAAGGAGGAAGAAGAGCUGAAGAAGAAAUCUAAACGGGGGAAGAGAGAGCUUGGAAAAGACAAAGAUAAUGCUUUGGGGAAGAAAAGCCAGCCCGGCGUCAGGCAGAACACGAACACAUCCACCAGCAACACCAAUGCAUCCACCAGCAACCGGUCGGAUGUCACCGAGGGCAUAGAGAAGAAGGGAGCUGUAAAGGAGCACCCAGACCCUGUUGCAGGUGACAAGGAAGAUAAGAAAAAGCGGAGCAAGGUUCCCCUGACGGAUGCUGGACCAGCAGUGGUUGUUGCGACAACACAACUCUCAGACCCAGAACAGGGGGAAACCAAACCCGAGGUGCUGAGUGACAGCGAGAAGAACUUGGCCCGGAGGUUUAAGAUCUACGAGGCAUCACAGAAGGAUGUUGCACAUAUUUUGUCAUCCUGGGACAGGGUUCAGGGUAUCCUGCUGUCCCCUCUGAACCAAGAGGAGGUGCAGCACCCAGCAGAAGACAAGCACCAGCAUUUAUCCGGCCGCAGGAGCCGGAAGGACAGAGAGAGGGAGCGGCUGGAAAAACUGAAGGCUCUUGAGGACUCCAAGUUAGCUCAGCUGGAAGAGGAAGGUGCGGAAGGAUCAGCCAGAGGCCAGGAUGCUGGGGUGCCCCGCUUGGACAUACAAGUGCUGAGCUCAGAAGAUGUGACUAGGGAGAUCCUGGAGAGCGGCAAGCUGCCAGCGGCAGAGCAGAUCCUGGAUCACCUGGGCCUGGGUCCCUCAGGGCCUCCCAUUCCCCCCACCGCUUUUUACUCUGUGAUCCGCUACCCGGAGAAGCGGACGGUCCCUGUGGCAGGAGAAGCCCUCAAGCACUUCAUCUUUGUUGUGCCAGAAAGUGCCCCUGCGGAAGAAGAGAAGAAGGACGCGGAAAGUCCUAUGGAUGCCCUCGCCGUGCCCGCAGUGAAGACGUUGGAGGAGCAGGUCACCCCCACCAGGGCCCGGUCAAGGAAGGAGAAAGCUGCAGGCAGCCGGGAGGCUGCGAGGGAGAAGCGGAGCUCUGCCUGGGGCAGGAGGUCCCAGGGGCCAGGCACAGGAACGCCCGCACGUACCCCCGAGGUGGACCAAAGUGGUGUGGACAUGGUCCCACCCCUGAGGAGAUCCGUCAGGCUGAGCAGCUGCCGGUGGAUAGUGCCUGCCCACGGCGAGGUGGAACUGAAGGUCCACUUCAGCUCUGCGGUGCUGGGCCAGUUUGAUCAGACGCUGCAUUUUGAGGUGCUGGGGACAAACCGUCUGUACCAGCUGCACUGCAGGGGCACCUGCCUGUAUCCCACCAUCAGCCAGGACCCGCGGCUGGUGUUUCCUCACCGGAGGAAGAGCAAGGCGGAUGAUGACAUCAUCUUCAAGCAGUAUGUCAUGGACACUGGUGUAUUCCACUUCGGACCGCUGCUGUGUGGGAAGUCAAGAGACUGGUACAAGGCGCUGCACUAUUCCAGCAACUGCGAGAAGAUAACCAUCCUCAACGUCACCCCCUUGGAAGCAGAGGUGCAUUUCUUCUUUGAGCGCGAUCUCAAAGCAAACACGUUCCUUUUGGACCCUCCCAGCAUGAGGCUGAAACCGAAGGAGAAGCAGGAGCUGACCAUCUGGGCGUACCCCACUUCAGCCGGCCUCGUGGAAGACAACCUCGUCUGCUGCGUUCGGGAGAACCCGGAGCCGGUGGUUUUCCACCUGUGCUGCCAGGGGGUGCAGGUGGAGCUGGGGGUCAGCCCCAAGCAGGUGCAUUUCGACAAGGUGCUGCUGCACAGAAGGCACAGCAAGACCGUGGUCCUGCGGAACAGCACCCCGCUGCCCGUGGCCUGGCGGCUCACCGGGCUGGAAAACCUCGGCGAGGACUUCUCCGUGUCGCAAGGCGAGGGCACCGUUGGUCCCCGUGCGGAGUUUGGCCUGCAUCUGUAUUUCAAGGCCACGAAGGCUGUCAGCGUUAAGAAGAUGAUCCGGCUGGAGGUUUCAGAUGCAGAAAACAUCCUGGGGAUUGUUCAGAUUGAAAAUAUCCAAAUCUUUGCGGAGGCCUACGAUGUUGCUCUGAGCAUCAACAUUCCUAAAGGUACAGAAGGCAACGUGGAUUUUGGAAUCCUUAAAGUCCUGGAUGACGCGAAGCAAGUGCUGACUCUGAAGAACAAAGGGAAGUACGAGAUUGCAUACAGUUUCAAGCUGGAAACCGCCGAUACCAACGUACCCGACUUGGCGUCCCACUUCACUGUCCAGCCGCAGAAGGGCGUGCUGAGCGUCUCCGAGCGCCCUGUGCAGGUCCAGCUGCUCUUCCACCCCACGAUGGAAAUUAAUAUUGAGGACAAACCCAUCCUGCUCUGCCAGGUGAUUGACCCCAGCAUCUCUGGAGGCGAGACCAUCGCCAUCAUCCCGGUGAGGGUGUCGGCGAAAGCUGUGUUCAGCAAGUACAGCAUUUACCCUGCCUCGCUCAUCAGCUUCGGUGCCAUGAUGCACGGCACCAGGAAAACCUGCACCUUCAAGCUGGAGAACAAGGGCAUCCUCGACUUUAAAUUCGUCAUCUACAGAGCGGACCAGGAUGUCUUGCGAAGGAAAAGUGUACACCAGACGAAAUCUGCCCAGUCCCAAGAGGGUGAAAACUUAAGGAAAACGACUCCCUCGGUCAAGCAAAGCAAGCCCUCGCUGCAAAAGGACACAAACCCCUUCCUGCAGGCUCGCGUCACUCUGGGCAUGUUCACGGUGUACCCUGGCUUUGGCUCCAUCCCUCCUGGGGGCCAGCAGAUGAUCGUGGUGGAUUGCUGUGCAGAGCCGCUGGGGACUUGCAAGGAGUGCCUGUCCAUCGAUAUCAGCGACAGAGACCCCAGGGACAACCCCCUCGGCAUCCCCUAUACCCUGUUUGCCGAGUCCUGCCUCCCAGCAUUUGUGGUCGACGACAUAGAGUCCAUCUUUGAGGAGCAUCGUAUCUGCAGCAACAUCAACCUCUGGCAGAUCCUACAGACAGUGGAAGACAAGGGCGUGUUCAUCACAGAUGAGAAUAAAUUUAUCUUCACCAAUGUUCUGGUUGGGCACCGGGCCACGGCUCGCUUCAAGAUCCGCAAUGUGGAUAAAGUCCCCUGUGAUGUGGUCCUCUCCAUCAAACCCAUCCCCAGUAAGCCUAACAGCUACGUUAGCGACAUUUUCGAGGUGGAUCCCGUUCGGAUGUGCGUGCCCAGCCGUUCCCACGCCUUUGCUAUGGUGACCUUCACUCCGCAAACGAUGCAGAACUACGAGUGCACUUUUGAGGCUUCCCUUGAUGGCCAGGCAAGCCCUGCAGCGGUUAAAGCGCAAAGCCUGACCUUCGAUAUCAGUGGAGACGGGAAUCUGCCUCGGGUGACGGUCCUGCGCCCAGUCCUUCACAAUAGGAGAGGGAACCCUCUGCUCCUCUUCAAGAAGCUGUUGCUGGGCGAUUCAGAAAAACUCCCUCUGGUCCUUCGUAACGAUGGGACCGUAGCUGCGCAGUUCAUGAUAGACCUGUUGGAUGAAGGGGGAGUUUUCUUCUUGAAAGCCAGGCCCACCACACGCUGCAUCUACCAAGCUGUGAGCACGAAGGAGGACUCUCCCGGAGAAGAGAGGAAGCCCCACACCGCUUCCCUGGUCCUGCAUCACGGGGAAGUAGCAGAGUUUGACGUGAUUUUCAAACCCAACCUGGCCCAACGUGCGGAAGGGAAGAUCCACCUGUCAGUGGUGGACAACCCCUAUGAAGAGACCAACGUUCAGCUGGUGGGUGAAGGCUACGAGGAUGACUUCACACUAGAUAACAUCCACGGACUAGUGGCGGACGGCAAGGAGGAGGACACUGAGGGUGAUCUGGAGGAAGACGUAAUUGAGGCUGCCAGAGUGGAUCACAUCCAGUUCGGGGACUGUCACAUCGGGACCCCCUACCCCGUGACCUUCACGAUCACCAACCGCAGCAGGGUGGAGGCGAUGCGGUUUGAGUGGCUGGCAGUCUCCCCCUUUCGCUUCUCCCCCGAGGUGGGACACCUCCAUGCUGGCUGUGCUAAGGACAUCACGGUGACCUUGAAAUCGGAUGUCGUGGCCGCCUUCAAAAUGCACCCUGUGAAGUGUAAGGUGGCGAGGAUCGCCUUCCAGCUCCCGUCGGAGCAGGUUACCGACUGGGACGACCGCCUGCACACCGUCAAGUGGGUGGAUGCCACGAGGGACCCGGCAGCCACGUGGCCUGUCAAGAAGAAGGUGAUUGAGACAGACCCAGAACCAGCUCACACUGUCCUGGAGAACAGCAGCCGUGAGGUGGAGCUUCUCCUCAGUGCCGUCGUUGACUAUGCCGAGUUCGAGCUGGAUACGGACGUGAUUCAGUUCAAGGAGACCUUGCUCUUCCAGACGAGGACGUUCACUUUCCAGCUGUCCAACAGAGGGAACGUGGCCCUGGAAUACACCUGGAUGGCGGCAGCAGAGGCUGAAGGGGCAGUGGGCCAUGCUGGGGAGCUGCUCCCACCCAGCCUGGAUGGGGAUUUCUCCUCCUCCACUUCUGGUGCCUCUGUGAAGCUCCAGUCUAGCUGUUGUUCGAGCCAGCUGGGACAUGCUCUGGAGCAGGUCUCUUCCUCGCUGAGCUCGUCUGUGAACACCGACAGUGCCAGCCCGCCGUUCUUUGUUGAGCCCCGCAGCGGCACCAUCCUUGCUGGCCAGGAGCAACUCUUCCAGAUGAAGUUCUCCCCAGUGUAUGUGGGGGACUUUGAGAGCCGUAUGCUCUGCAGGAUUCCUAACCUGAAACCAAAUCAGAAGGGCCCAGAGGUGGUUGUGAAGGGGAGAAGCCUGAUGCCAAACUGCCACUUUGAACUGGAAGACUCUGACUACAUCACCACAAAAAGGCACGACCCGGAGUUGCAGGGAUCGAAGGGAGCAACGCUCGAUCUCAACACGAGAGUGAUUGAGUUUGCGGCAAUCGGAGUGCGCAGCAGGAACAGCAGGACCUUCACGGUUAUGAACCCAACCGGUUCUGCGUAUUCCUUCCAGUGGACUUGCCGAGACCCCGAAGCCCCACCAGAACAGCGGGCUUUCUCCUGCCUCACGGAGAGAGGUCAGAUCCAGCCAGGGAAGAAAGCAGAGAUCAAGUUUGAAUUCAUCCCCCAGCACCUGGACAUCACAGAAUCGUUCUGGGUGUUUACCAUCCCCGAGCAGAGCGUUUCAGUCCUGUUCCUGUUGGUGGGCAACACCACCGACCCACUAGUGACCCUGGACAGAUCCCACCUGAACUUCCACUUGCUGUUAAUCGGGCACGAGGUGCACCAGACUAUCUAUAUGAUCAACAGUGAGAAGGAAGCCUUCAGCUUUGCUUUCAGAGAAAGCUCGCUCUUCUCAGAGGGAUGUAACGGCUCCGUGAAAAUAGAGCCCCUGGAAGGCACCAUCGCUCCUCUUUCAAGGCUUCCCAUUACAGUCUCCUUCACCCCAACGCUAGAAGGAGAGGCAGUCUUCAACCUCAAGUGCAAUGUCAAGAGGAAGACCCAGCCCCUCUCCUUGAAUAUCAAGGCCACCAGCUAUAGCAUGAACGUGUCUGUCGGGUGCGAGGACGGUGACGGCCGUGUCACUGAGCUCAGCGCGCAGGAGAUCAACGUCAUUGAUUUCAAGGAGGUACAGCUGAACGAGAACAUCAAGCGCAUCUUCAGCAUCCGCAAUAACGGCAAGGUCAGCUUCACCUUCUCGUGGGAGCUGAGUGGCGCCGCAGCCCGUAAGCAGGUCCUUGCUGUCACCCCUCGGGUGGGCACCGUGCAGGCGGAGGGCAAAGCGGAGAUCCAGCUGGCUUUCUGCCCACAGAAGAUGUGCUCUUUAAAGGACGUGGAGCUGACGCUGCAGAUCAGCAAGGGUCCCACGUUUACCUGCGUGUUUCUUGCCACCGUGGUAGUGCCCGCUGUCCGCUUCUCCACCACCAGACUCAACUUUGGAACCUGCUUCAUCUACUGCGCUGGGAUGCCACCCGCCCAGCAGACCCUCCUCAUCACGAACAAGGCAGACAAGGAUGUGAGUUUGAACUGCUUGUUCACCAGCACCGCGCACCUGAAGGUGGACUUCUCAGGGCGUGUCCUACGCCCGGGAGAGGCAGUGGAGGUGCCCAUCGCUUUUUAUCCCAGAGAGGUUGCGUCUUACCAUGAGCUCAUCCCUUUUGAAAUCAACGGUCUUUGCCAGCAGACUGUUGAGGUCCAAGGAAGGGGCACGGAAAUGAAGGUUGACGUUGUGGAACCACAAGGAAAGGUGGUGAAGCUGGGAGCCCUCUCCAUCGGACAGACGGUGAAGAAGACUGUCACCAUAGCAAACAGGAGCGCUGCCCCUCUCGCUUUUAAGCUCAGUCUCGUGUCCACCACGCCAGAGCUGCAGGAAGCUGGGGUUCUCUACUUGAACCCCACCGAUGAGCUAAGCCUGAAGCCCAAAGGAGGCACCUGUAAAGUGGAGGUGACCUUCUCCCCAAAGUGCCGCAUCCAGCCGUUCACCGAGGAAGUGAUGAUGGAGUGCAACGGCCUGGUGCGCUCCCUCUUCAUGGUGCGGGGCUCCUGCCAGGGCAUCUGUGUGAGCUUGGACCAGGAACACCUCAGCUUUGGAGCGGUGAUGCAGCAGAGCUACACAUCCCAGCGCAUCAUCAUGCAGAACACGGGCGACAUGGGAGUCAAGUUUAAGUGGGACAUCGAGAGCUUCAAGCCAGAUUUCUCCAUCAGCCCCCUGAAGGGUUACAUCUCCCCAGGAAUGGACGUCCCCUUCGUGGUGACCUUCCACCCCUCUAAGCUGAGCCACGCUAUCCAGUACGAGGGCCUGCAGUGCUUCAUCCAGGGCAGUCAGCCGCUCCGGCUGACGCUGGCAGGGUGCUGCAUGGAGACCCCUGUGAUCAAAGAGACGCUGACUUUCACGUGCGACGUGCGCGAGAAGCACAGCCAGACCAUCCUCCUCUCCAACCCGAGCAGCGAGGCCUGGACCGUGCAACCUGUCAUUGAGGGGGAACACUGGAAGGGACCUGAAUUUUUCCAUCUAGAGGCCAAUCAACAAAAGAAGCCCUACAAGAUCACUUACAAUCCCCUAACCAUGAGCUCGCAGGACAAGAAGCACCAG